AUGAGAAAUUCGGCCAUUACUAAAAUCAUAGACAAGAACAAGCUAAAACAUGCAUGUGGUGGUACUGGUAAUAACAACAAACGAAAGCUAAGAAAGGGACUUUGGUCUCCUGAUGAAGAUGAGAAGCUCAUAAGCUAUAUGCUGACCAAUGGACAAGGAUGUUGGAAUGUGAUUGCUAGGAAUGCUGGUCUCUUACGCUGUGGCAAAAGUUGUCGCCUUCGUUGGAUUAAUUACUUGAGGCCUGAUCUUAAACGUGGUCCCUUCUCUCCUGAAGAAGAAUAUCUCAUCGUUCAUUUGCAUUCCAUGAUUGGUAACAGGUGGUCUCAAAUAGCUACUCAGCUUCCAGGAAGGACAGAUAACGAGAUCAAAAACUUUUGGAACACGACGUUGAAGAAGAGGCUUGAGAACAACAUCAACAAUACUUCUUCAGGAUCUUUACCUACCAAUAUAAUUUGUAAUUUUUUGGACCCAAAAGAUCAACAUGUGAACAUGGAAGGCAAGUCAAAUCCAAUGAUGGAUAGUAAUCAUCAUCAUGAUGACAUGAUGGUAGUGGGAAAUACAAUGCGCAUAGGCUGUUCUUCAUUCAGUUUUGCACCCGUGGUUAGUGGUGUCGAUUUAAACCAGCUUGAUCAAUUGAUAUCAGUACCGGAUCAUAACUCAUAUCAACAAAUGGGAAACAUGGGGAACUUAUUUAACGUUAAUGGAUUAAGAUAUUGUGGAAACGCAAUUCUUGACCCUACUAGCAAGAGAACAUCAAUACAAAGUGAAUGGUUUCUUCCCCCGUCGGAGGAUACCAAUGUCAUUCCUUGUACCACAAACAACAACUUAAACAUGUUGGGCGUAGAGAACGGUUCUUUGGAGAUAGAACACCCUAAAAUAGGAGAUUUGGAUUUGGAUGGUCUCAUCGAUAACAACCCUCUCUUCACCUUCCUUGAUUUUUAA